AUGGAUACGAUCAAAAAUCGACCGUUAACUCUGUCGGAGUACAGCACUUGGCUGCAGCUAAUUUGCGCCGAAAGCGCCAUGGUUUCCCAAGCAUCCGAACAUCUUACAGCUCGGGCGGAAAGAAUCGCUAGAGUUAACGAAACACUAGUUCAUCGUACCCACGAAGCGAGACUAAAAUCCAAAGAACUGGAGCAGGAGAUAACUGAGUUGGAAAAGUCCGACCAAUCGGUUCGGGAAUGCCUUGCUGAGAUGGAAGCCAGACUGGAAAAACUUAAGGAGAAAAAUCUGGAGCUGAAAAAUAAACUAGCUGAAGUGCAGCAACCGACUGAAGCUGCCACGAAAGGAUUGGAGCAAUUCGAAGAACGAUUGGAGACGCUGGAGGCGGAGAGGAGAAAGCUGAUGUUUCUGAAACGCAUAAUAAGUCAGAGUAUAAAUGCCGAAAAUGUGUGGAAUGUAAUGCCAGCUAUUCUGCAGGAAGACAAACUGAGAGGAAUGGUUGAAGCUGCUGCUAGUGAUAUUUCGUCAUGGGAAGAAGUGCUUAGAAGCUGACUUUCGUUUAUUUGAAUAAUUAUUAAUUAAGUAUUGGUAAUUAUUUUUGGUUUGCUUCUUGUAAGUU